UCGUACUGGCUUUUAACUGGAGCUCUGAAGCCAGAGCAGCUUGAGUCAUGUCUUCUAUCGGAGCUCUGGAGGCGGUGAACAUCCCAUGGAGAAACAACAACUUCAGCCUGCUGAGUAAAGAUCCGCCGCUGUCUGACCAGGGAGACACCAUCAUUGGGGUUUACCUGCUGCUGCUCGGUUGGCUGUCAUGGUUUGGAAACAGCAUUGUGAUCUUCGUCCUGUUUAAGCAGAGGGUGACUCUUCAACCCACAGAUUACCUCACCCUCAACCUGGCCAUAUCAGACGCCAGCAUCUCAGUGUUCGGAUACUCCCGUGGCAUCCUCGAGAUCUUCAACGUGUUUCAGGAUAAUGGAUACCUCAUCACCUCAGUGUGGACCUGCCAGGUGGACGGUUUCUUUACUCUCCUCUUUGGCCUGGGGAGCAUAAACACAUUAAGUGCCAUCAGUGUCACCCGAUACAUAAAGGGCUGUCACCCAAGUGAAGCUCACUGCAUCAAGAACACCACUGUAGGCAUGAGCAUCCUGUUUAUAUGGAUUUCAGCUGUAUUCUGGUCCACUGCUCCGCUGCUGGGAUGGGGAAGUUACACAGAUCGAGGGUAUGGUACCUGUGAGAUUGACUGGGCCAAAGCGAAUUACUCCACCAUCCACAAAUCCUACAUCAUCACCAUCCUGAUCCUCUGUUUCUUUGUUCCUGUCUUAAUUAUGCUGUUCUGCUAUGUGUCCAUCAUCAACACUGUGAAGAGAGGAAACGCCAUGUCUGCAGACGGAGACCUUACUGACCGUCAGAGAAAGAUUGAGAGAGAUGUCACUAUAGUUUCAACAGUUGUCUGCACAGCGUUCAUCCUGGCCUGGUCUCCGUAUGCCGUGGUGUCCAUCUGGUCAGCAUGCGGCUUCCACGUACCCAGUCUGACCAGCAUCUUCACUCGGCUCUUUGCCAAGUCUGCCAGCUUCUACAACCCGCUUAUCUAUUUCGGCCUCAGCUCCAAAUUUCGGAAAGAUGUCAUCGUGCUGCUGCCGUGCAACCGACAUCACAAUGACACAGUCAAACUCAAACGCUACACACACAUGAAGGCCAAAGGAGAUGAGAAUUACAGGUGUAGAGCUGAAGGACAGGAUGUGUGUAUUCCUGCUUACCUAAAAGCCAAGAAGAAGCCUCAGGCAGGAGGAGAGCCUGUUAACACUGUCCUCAGCCCUGACAUUGGUGUGCACAGACCUCCUCCACUCAACAAGCAGGUGCAUUUCAUUCAGAUGCCGCAAACGUCUGAAUCCCUUGAGUAUGAGUGUGACAGACUGUAAAAUGCAGUGAAUCAACCUGUAACUUUUAUGUAUUUGCAUAUUUAAUUGUAAAACAUGAGAAAAACUUGAUCAGUAGAACUGAAAACCUGUUUUUGUAU